AUGCCAUCGUACUGGCGCAUCUAUUCCAACUUGGCCGCAGCCCAGCGCAUCAUCUGUUCCAUAAUCGAGGAACGUCGCGUCGCGGCGGCAGCCGAUCCUAACUAUGAGAAACACAACGACUUCCUCCAGUGGAUGAUGGAUAACGCCACUCCUGAGGAGAGUCAUCCGCUGGACCUGGCACACCGGCAGCUCUUGGUCAGUCUCGCAUCAAUUCACACGACCUCCAUGCAGACCAGCCACUUUGUGUACGAUCUUUGCGCGCACCCCGAAUACUACAAGCCACUCCGGGAAGAGAUCAUCGGCGUCCUCCGGCAAGAUGGCGGCUUCCAGAAGACAACGCUGAACAAGUUGCGAAAGAUGGACAGCUUCCUCAAAGAAUCCCAGCGAAAGAGCCCCCCGCUGGUUUUAUCCUUUCAACGGGUGGUCCAACGGGCCCUACGGUUGAAGGACGGCACAUACCUCGCCCGCGGGACUCAACUCGCCAUGGCGUCGGACGCGAUUGCCCACAACCCAUCCUGCCUCCCUGGUGGUGGUGACCCGGAGGAUUUUGAUCCCUUUCGGUACGCCCGUCUGCGCGAGGAUCCAUCCAAACCCGGCAACAUCAACCGAUAUCAGUUCGCGACAACGGAUUCCACGAACCUGCACUUUGGCCAUGGCAUCUACGUCUGUCCGGGCCGAUUCUUCGCAAGCAAUGAGAUCAAGCUAAUCCUGUGCCACAUGUUGCUGGCCUACGAUUUCAGGUUCCCGCAGGGGCAGGCCCACCCCGCGAACUUGUCCUAUGAGGAGGCUCAAUACCCGGACCCAACAGCGACGGUGCUGAUGCGUCAGAGAAUGUUGUCGCCGGCCGAGGCUGAUGUGUCUGCGUGUCUUGGCCUGUAG